AUGGCUACAGGACGACAAAACCGAGCGGAUCGCCUGAAUGAGCGUCUUCGCGGUGCUCAGCGCGCAAACGUAGAGAAUGAAUCUUUCAGCCUCGACAUCAACAGCCUCGACAUCUCCGGCCUUGCCAUUGCUUCAUCAGUCGCAUCAGCCUCUAGUCCCGCCGCUAAUGCCAAAUAUUCCCCUACUGGCUCGGCUAAAAGAAGAAAGCUGGGCAAAAAUGCAAUGAUCACAACUUCUCCGGAGCAAGCACCGAGCCCUACCCCUACACGACGGAGGGCCCGACCUCAGCCACCGAAAAAUCCGUCGAGCCAAUUGCCAGAUGCGCCAAGUGAACCAGUGCUGGAUCACGAUGAGAUGGACGAAGACGAACCUACGCCUAGAGCUCGCAGAAUCCGAAUAACACAACCUUCUAGCUCAGCAAGAUCAACCAUUCCUAUGAUCAUAGAAGAAGACGAGGAUGAGCUCGAAAAUCUACCGCCACACCCCGGUGCCAUAUCGGCUGCGCUGUUGCAAUCGCCUUCGGCGCGCAGAUCCGAGAAGACGGUCGAAGAAGUUGCAGAGUCUCCUGCAGAUGCGCCAGGAAGCGGAAAGCGGCGUCGCGUGCCCGUUAGCGAGACUAUGAGUUCUAGCAUUAAGCUGAUGGGAGUGAUAUCUUCGGAUGAUGGAAUACCCAUGCCUUCAUCUCCUCUCGUGAAUAAGUUGCGCCGUAGCGACGCAGCCUCAUCAAGGAGAUCGGCUGCGACAGUAUAUGGCCAAGAAGCGAGCAACCUAGCCGAUGAAUUGUCUUCUGAUAGCUUUCCCCAACAAGCUGAAAUAGAAGAAGAUGAGUUGAUGGAGGCUUCUAAUUUGGUCAUUGAAGAAAGCGCAAUGUUACAAGAGGAGGAGGGGGAGGAGAAGGAUGGGGAUGAUGAACAAGAACAGGAACAAGAGAACGCCGAGGAAUCUGAUGAGGAAGAAACACUGAAGCCUCUGAGGACAAACCGAACAAGGAGACCGCGGGAACCGUCUCCAGAAUUGGGCUCACAGCCAUUGGAGGACAUACAAGAAGAAUCGGAGCCCGAGCCAGAAUCGGAAUUACAGCAAGAACUGGAUCCUGAGCCAGAGUCUGAUCCUGAGCCGGAAAGAGGGGAAGAAACCGAGGACGAAGCUGAAGCGGAAGAAGAAACCGUACUACCAACUCCUCCUAAACGGAAGCGUGGGCGCCCCAGCAAAAGCCCGACUCUCCAGAAGCAGCCCACUGUUAAAGCGAAGCCCGUCAAAGCGAAGCCCGUUAAACCAAGGAAGCGAGUCCAAGCACAACCAGAAGAUACCAAUGAUGAGAACGAAGAGCCACGACCCCAGCCCAAGAAAGCAAGAACAAAGAAGAGACAUAGCGACCAGAGCGAAAAUGAUGGUGGAAUGAUUGAAAUCACGGUCCAGCGGUUCGUCAACCUCAAGAAGCGCGGCAACGAGGAUGACGAUUUAGAUCCGCUGCAAAACGAGACGACGUUCAUGAACCAUGGAGGAGAAAGCGUUAUCGACGUAUUCGCUCAGGUUUGCGACGAGGUGAUCUCUACGACCUUGGAGCAGCUUCAGGAGGUGUCUGCGAGUGCGGAAGAUUUGGCGAAAAAGAAGGAGUAUCGCAUCAAGACGCGAGCUAUAGAGGCUUACAGAGAAGAGCUCAAAUCUCGGUUCCUUCAGCAUGCCAUCCACUUGAAUCACUGGCACUCCUUGCGCAAGCGGCUUCGGCAUGUGCAAAAGGAGAAGAUGACUUUGCGCGAGGAAAUCAUGCGUAUCAAAGCCGAGAGAGAACAGGUUGCUCUCCGGAUGGAUGCUAUCAGAAUCAAGCAUGAAGCUGAUACUAGAGAAUCAAAGUAUUGUCUCGAUGCAUCCUCUCUUAUGCAUGAUGUAGAACUUGCUGUAGAGCAGGGCAGGGAAGCGCCGGAGCUCUCGCGCGCAGCACAAAAGGAGGCCGAGCUGGCUAAUCUCGAGUUGCUUGUGUCUCGCGUGUCGGAGCAGGCUAGCUCGUCCAGCUUCACAGGCGGGAUUCUCAGACAGGUCAGAGACUUUAACUCAUUUUUAGAGCGGGCUGCCAUGGCACUUGAAUCACGAUGA